AUGAAUCUGCCCUUGCACGACAUGGCAGCAAUAUGGGCCAGCAUUCACACUUGCCUAUCUUUUAUCCUGCCUUUAACAUUUGUGGCCUAUCUGAUACUCGUGAAAUCCUACCGCUACGCUCGAAGAGAUGAGAUAGAAGCAAAGUUUAUGUCUGGGGGACGGGAGUUGUCAACAAUGACUGGCAAAGAAGCUUUUGAGAUUCUCGCUCAGCUGCAGGAACUCGAGUUUCCCUAUGCUUUCGCCAAGGCACGUCAGAUGGCUUUGCUCAAGGCCGGCGGUAUUCCUUCCAUGUCGAAGCUAUUCGCUGUGACGGGACAAAACAACCGGAGGAAUGCUGGUAGGCGUGCCGUUGAUACAGAGAUCCUCCUUCGAGAGUCACAGACAAUGCCUCGGGAUUCAGAACGCUAUGCCAUGGCUGUUGCUCGUGUGAACUACUUCCACGAGCGGUACCGACGUGCUGGGAAGAUCACAGACCCCGAUCUACUCCAUACACUAGGCGACGGCCUCGCAGAAAUACUGACUGUUAUCGAAAGAGAUGAAUGGCGCAAGCUGACAGAUGUGGAAAAGUGCGCCUUGGGCGUGUUCCACAAGAAUCUCGGUGAAGACUUGGACAUCCCGUUCGACGCUCUACCAUCUAGCGAAGGGGGGUGGAGAGACGGGGUUCAUUUUGCGAUGGAUCUACGCGACUGGACCAUCAAAUAUGAGGAGGAGGUGGCUGUUCCUAACGGCCCCAGUGUCCAAUACGUCGACGCUUAUGUAGAUUCCGCAUUUCUUUCCAUGCCAAAAUGGGUUGGUGUGACCAUGCGGAAAACUUUGGGUGCCGACUUGGAUGAUACCAUGAGGUCGAGUCUUGGGCUUGAGGCUCCUGGGCCCCUUCAGUCCCUGCUCAUUCGAACCAUGCGAAACCUCCGAAUCCUAUACCUCAGGCAUUUAUCGCUUCCUCGACACACAGCCAAGAAAGCCUUGUCGGUAUCACCCAAUCCGAAAACAGGCAAGUAUAACUUCGAGCGUAAAGGUUUACAACCCUGGUACAUGGAACCCACAUUUUGGUCCAGUUGGGGCCCCAGUGCUCUCUUGAUCAGGGCGGCGGGAGGAAGGGUGCCUGGUUCCAAAGGUGACCGCUACUACCCACAAGGCUAUGACCUGAUGACUAUCGGCCCAGAGCCGCAGAAAGGUAAAGGCAUUGAUGAGAUGAAAGGCGACAUCGAAGCUAUUCGCGCCAGAGGCGUGGCCACUUGCCCUUUCUCCAUGGCCAAGUUGGGGGAAAUCUAG